GCAGGUCAUCCUCUGGAUUGUUCAACAUCGUACUACGGGCACAUCCGAUACCGGGUAUGCCAUCCCUAUGACCAUUGCUGUAGUCCAUGGGCCUCAGCAAGAACAUUUGGCGCAGCUUGGGAUCGGCAAAGGCAGCAGGCAAGAGGACACCGAAAAACGCAACAUGCGUAUGCUUCGCCUUAGAGGGGCCGGGUCUGAAUGGAAGCGCCGUAGCCAUCACCGUACGGUCUCGCACGCGGCGCUAGCGCGCAGGAUCUUGCUAUAACGGGAUGACAGCCGCCAUUACGAACGUCGUGGCCACGCGACUCUGCAUCGGAUUCGUCCACAUCCGACCAGGCGUGCAUCGGGCACGCAUCGGGGCAUGACUUUGACGGCCUGAACGACGGACAAGGGCUGUUCCCGAGCCCCCAUAUGUAAGGACGUCGCCGCGUUCAGUCACCUCAAGAUCACUCGCCUUCCACCAUGCCAGUCCUCGGCCCCAUCGCCGCCAUCCGCCUCCUGUUGGCAUAUGCAGUCGCCAACUUUUCCCUCUAUUCGCUGCUGUCGACAUCAUGGACCAGGCUUCUUGCUUCCCUUGGACCCUUCCGAAAUAACUCCGCCCUGGAGCCCAGCUGUCCUUACUGCGACCCUCCCUCGUACCGUGGAUGCCGUCUAUCGCACCACUCUGGGGUAGCUGCUUCUCUCCAGGUCGAAACGAUGUCCCCUGAAGACAUCGAUAUACCCCGCACAUCGUCACCGGUCGAAACCUCCAAUCCUUCCGACAUCAACCCGUAUACAGAUGUUCCCCCGCCGCUACCUCAACCGGACUACCCCCUUACGCCGCUCACCCUGGGCGACGGCUCAACGCUCUUCGUGCCGUCCACGACCACCAGCCCAGAGAUUUCCCAAUCCGUCCAUGACGCAUCGCCACCGGCGCGGUACAAGCCGCACCUGGAGAUCGACGACUCGCACUCUGCGGCGGACAACACAAGGCCGCAGAAACGCUACCUUCUGGCUUUCGGGUUGCCCGACGUGGAGAUGCCCGUUGCGUUGAGCUCAACCCACCCAGCGCCACACGUACCCGGCUCGGCGGAGGUUCCCGGGGCGCAGCAAUCCCCCACGACUCGAAGAUCGGGGCGCCGAUCAUCUCUACGGGAGAGGAUGGGAGGCAAGGUGGAUGGCUUAUUCAUUCGCACCGAUACGUGGCGGUCGAAAAGCUCGCUGGCUGUGUUAUCUGACGAGCAGGAGGGUUGAGCGAUGGAGGACUGCACGCAGUUGCGAUGGCGACCCGUUUUUGCCUUCUUGUCCAGGGGACAGCCCGACGUUCGGUGUGCCAAUACUACAGUGUUCCUAAUAUGGACUAUACGGACACAAUACUCAUGAUGAUUGCUGUGCGCUAUCGAACGCGGCCCUCUGUUGCUAUCGAAUGCACGAACAAAGCUAUCGACGCGCAUUGUGGCACCUCUUGAACGUAUAAAAGGACUGCUAACCUCUCGGUUGCCUGUACAUAAUCCACAGUUGGCUCAACACCCAUACCGACACUCGCGAUAUUUCCAGCGAAAUGACAAACAACUUUGAAC